AUUUGACCUGUCGUUUCACAUCUUUUUUUUUAUACAGACCAAAGUUUCAUCGACUGUGUUGACCAUGGCCGAUCGCUUACAAGAUCUCAUUGGUAACGACUGCUCUAUAAACAUAAAGGCCGUUGUUUUGUAGUUUUUGCACAAGUCUUCUCACAUAUACACAAAAAAUAAAAUAGCUGGUGCGUGCAGCCCAGCACAUGCAGGACCUGACCUGGAACUGAAUCUCGAGAUUAGCGACCUGAUCAACAAGAAGCAAGGCACAUUUUCGAGAGUAGCUGCCAUGACGAUUGUUCGACUUGUCAACAGCCGAAGUACGAAUCAAGGGAUGCUAGCACUCUCGCUCUUGGACGUUUGUGUGAAGAAUUGUGGUUAUCCGUUCCAUUUACAGAUAUCCACCAAAGAAUUCUUGAACGCACUGGUAUACAGUUUUCCAGCCCAACCUCAAUCCAGUCUGAGCUUUGCUGCACGUCCGCCACAUAAAAAAAGUCUGGACAUCCAAUGGAAUCAUUUUGAUUAUGUACCACAUCAGCCUUCCGUUCCCGAUCCGGUGGUCGAGCGGAUCCUUUACAUGCUAAAGGAAUGGAAAGUGGCGUUGGCGGAUCGAGCACCUUACAAUGAAGAUCUGGCUAACAUCAAUAGCAUGUAUCGUUUGCUUAGACGAAGAGGUUAUCGAUUUCCCGAGUUACGCGAAUCUUCCGUGGCAGCGCUGAUUCCACAUAGUGUGCUGCGAACUCCCGAAGAGCUCGAAGAGCAAGAAAAUGAGAGGCUAUCAGCUAAACUUCAAGAACUUAUUCGUCGAGGCAAAGAAGAGGAUUUAAGAUUGGCCAAUAUAAUUAUGAAAUGGCUCACCGGUUAUGAAAAACGUGGAAGACCAGAUUAUCAACAGCGUUUUGCCGAACAACUACGAGGCAUUCGCAGUAAAGCGAUUGUGUUGUAUGAGUUACUAGAAAGCAUGAGGACUGGUGAAAAAAUUGACCGAGCCAUGCAGGAUCUGCAUAAUGUUUGUACAAAAGCACAAUCGAAAAUCAAAAGCAUACUCGACGAUGGUAGCACUGAACAUCAUACUGAGCAACUAGUCGCAUUAUUUAAUAUGCUCGAGAAAGUAUUGAGAAAAUAUGCUGACAUUGAAAAGGGAAUAUACGAUACUCAGUACGAUAUCCACAGCAAGUCAGCCAUUAGCGGAACACCCAAACAACCAACACCGGUACAUCAAGAACAAUCCAAGAAUGUCAGCCUAAUUGAUUUAGACGACGACGACUUUACUACUACUACUACGUCGCGACUACCCUUAUCCUCAUCAUCACCAUUCCAGCAUUCUUCACAACGACAACAAUACGAUACUAUACAAAGCAGCAGCAGCACAGCCAAUGACCUACUUUUUGACGUUUUUGGCGAACUACAGCAAAACGAUACCGGUUCUUCUCAGCAACAAGGACAUAUAUUCUUAUCAACUACUACUCCUGACACUAAUUCUCCUGACCUUAUUACUACUACCGAUACUACCACUACAACAACAACAAACACUUCAUCAUCGUCUUCGUCUUCAUCAUCUCUCUCACCGUCACUAUCGCCUCCUGCUGGACAUGUUGCCGAUAAUAACCCAAACUCACAUUUAUUGCAUGACAAAAAUGGAUUGCAAAUCCAUCUCGAUAUCUACGAAAAAGUCGAAACAUCUCUAAAGCUACGGUGCUUUUUUUCCAACCAAUCGACCGCACCCAUGGAAUCAAUGGAAUUGCAACUGGCCGCACCCAAGUCUAUGCAAAUCAAGAUGGGCCGUGUGUCAUCUUCUGUGAUACCACCUAAAUCUUUCAAAAGUGUGUUUCAGAAUAUCACGCUAACCAAUCCCACCGACGAUCCAUUACGGUUACGAUUCAAGGUGACUUAUGAUCAGUUGGGAGUACAGAUGGAGCAAACGGGUGAAUAUUCCACCUUAUAAAGAUAGGCACCAAAAGCAAAAUAAAACGUGUCUUUUUUUUUGUGUUUCGUUUUUAAAAUUUAGACAUUGUUCGCUAUGUCAUGCAGUCGUCCCCCCCCCUCCGCCAUGCAUUGCAUCAUAUGCAGGUGUGCGCACAUUGUGUAUCGGAUCAUACCAAAAGUCAAAUGGAUUUUACCGUUCAUUUUCGACUAGAUUAUAUUAAAACAGCUCUCAUAUCUUUCAUAACGGCGGCUUCGUGCUUUCUAUGAUGGUUAGACACAUAAAUAUACUUUUCGAUGGUCCGCUAGAUGUGGUGCCAGCGAAUAUGUACAUGGAUGCAUUGGAAAAGUUCUCCUAGAAUAAACAUAAAUGUAAGCCUCCACUUUGGAAGUAACCCGACAUGCUACAUGGAGUAUAAUAAGCUAAAUGU